UGAACAAUUAAACACCUAUAUAAUCCAUUUGAAACUAAAAAUUCUAAAUUCAUUACUUUUCUCCAUCUACUCUGGAAAAAAAAAUGGCUUCAAAGUCAAUAUCCAUCCUUCUCCUGUCUUUUAUGCUAUCUUGUGCAAUCAUGUUGCUUGUGGCUGAUCUAGCAAGAGCAGGGAGUCCUCGUCCUUUGCCACUAUGCAGAUCGAAAAAUGAAUGCGAAUUGGGCAUGUGGUGUGGUGAUGGGAAAGGAGGAAAGUGUUUCGCUUGGACUUGUGACUUGCAAGAAGAUUGUCUAAAACGUGUUCGUUGCAGUGAUACACCAGGGCCUUACUGUAUGGAAGGAAUAUGUCAGUGUUAAAGAAAACGCAUAAUUUUUUUUUAUGUAACCCAAUUUCUAAUGCAUUAAGGGAAUAAGAUAAUGUUUUGCGCGCACACACACAAAAAAGGGAAUAAAGAUAGAUUUUGCAAUUCUGACAUUUUGCCUACAGUUACAGAGAUUCCAGAUUCAC